UUUAUUUUUUUUUUUUUGUUGGCCCGAUACUUUUUUCUUUUUUUUUUCCCUUUUUUUUUUAACUUGGCACUACACACUAUGUCUACUAACAAUAUCUUUGUUCAAAGUGGUGUUGAAACUCAAAUUAUUGACUUGGCUAUCUAUAUUUCCAAGUUGAGAGACGAAGAAGGUGAAAAUGAAGCACCUUAUGUGAAGCACAUUGAAUCUAUCUUGAAGUCUGAAAAGAAGGAUGAUGUCUAUGAUGAAAUUAUUAAAGAUGCUUCCAUCUUUUUGACCGAAAACGAUAGAGAGGUUGAAGGUGCUUUCAACUUGCUUAUUGUCAUUGCUUUGGGUGCUCCCGAAUCUAUUCUUUCUUCUACUGUUCAAUCUCUCAUUGAUACCUUGACUAAAACCGAAAGCAACAAAACUAGCUUAAAGCAAAAGAUCUUACUCAACUUGUACAAUGCUCUUCCCGGUAACUCACCUCUUCGUUACCAUGCCUUUGUUGGAUUAGUCGAAGCUACCACACAAGCUGAUGAAUUAGAAUCUCUUUAUGGUCAAUUAGAAUAUGUCGAUGCAUGGGCCAAACAAUGGGGUAUUGAUCAACAAACGCAAUGCAACUUGUACGACUAUUUAAGCAAAGUCUUGUUGGCUGCUGGUCAAGAAAAAUUAGCUCUUGAUUUCUCAUUAAAAAAGUUGGACAUCGUCCAAGAGAACGAAUCUGCCUCUCUUGCCAAAGACAUUGUCAACCGCGCCAUUGCUAUGGAAAACUUCUUUGCUUUUGAAGAUCUUUUGCAAUACACUGCCAUUCAAAAACUCAAGGGCACUCCAGAAUACGAUCUUUUAGAUAUCUUUUUGAACGGCACUUUGAGCACAUAUCAAGAAUUUGAAAAGAAGUACACAUUGGGUAAUUCUGAAAGCAAUACGCACAAGAUGCGUUUAUUAUCUUUGGCUUCUCUUGGAUCUGAAAACUUGUCUCGCGAGCUAUCUUAUGCCGAGAUUGCCAGCACUCUUCAGAUUGAUGUAGACCAAGUUGAAAUGUGGGUGAUUGAUGUGAUCCGUGCUGGCUUGGUUGAAGCCAAAUUGGAUCAAUUAAACAAGACUGUGAUUGUUCACCGUAGUAUCUAUCGUGUGUUUGGUAAGGAACAAUGGAACAAGUUGAGCACAGCCUUGAGUGCCUGGAAAGAAAACUUGAAUGAAAUCUUGGCUGUUGUUGGUAAUGCCAAAUUGAUUGCUGGUGGUGCUUUACAAGGCCAAUCUUCUGUUGUUGUUGAAUCUGAUACUAAAUAAAAAAAUAAAAUAAAAUG